AUGUCUGCGCCUCCGCCCCAGAGGCGCGUCGUCCUCUCGACACCCCCCGACGAGCGUCGACCCCUUCUCAACAGACUCUACACCGACCACGGCGAGAAUGGCGACCCGAUCUACAGCUGCCAGCCGGACCCCCACAGUCACCUGCCCGUGUACACGACGAUCCACCGAGUGCGGCGUGACAUCAUCAGCGUGGUGGAGGACUACCUCAGCCUGAAGCAGCUGACGGACGUGAGGAUCAACGUGACGGUCGUGCGGCCGCUGGUGGACAAGUUCUACGAGCUCGACGACAUCUCGAUAGUCUACUGCCUGCUCGUCAACCGGGCCCAGUUCCUCGACGAGCAGGCCCACCUGACGAACCGGCAGAACGUCAACUGGUCGCGGGCCACGAUAUGCGAGCUCAUCGCCACCCGCAUCCUCCGGCGCUUCAACGAGGACCACGAGGGUCCCGAGGGCCUCCUGCUGCUGGCGCACAUCCUCAUCGCCAGCUUCGAGCCCUUCCAGAACGCCCCGGCCGAUAUCCUGCGGGCGGUCGAGGGCAAGACGUCGUGGUCGUACAAGCGCACCCUGCCCUCCCUCGAGGUCGCCAUCCUGACCGAGAGCAAGCACUUCCUCAGCUCCACGUCGUGCCAGAAGGUCGUCUCGGCCAUCUACCACGGCCACAUAAUAUACACGCCCUCCACCAUCUGGGACAUCAUCCCCGACCACUACAAGCUCAAGCCCAUCACCCUGUACGAGCCGCGCGACUCUCCCCUGCUCAACCAGUACAGGCUCAUCGUGCCGCGGAACAGGAACGUCCUCGAGGCCAUCCAGUUUGCCGUCCUGCUGGCCCUGUAUGUCGGCGUCAUGAUUUCCAGGCACAAGGCUGAUCUGGGCUGGUGGGAGGCCAUGUUUAUCAUCUACGCCUUCGGAUGGGGUCUUGAUCAGUUCGCUACUAUCCUCGCUCACGGAUGGUUUGUCGGCCCGUCAAUCCGUCUUGUUCCGUCACGGAAUGCGAACGUCUAUUCGCAGAACCUGUGGUCCUUUCUCGAUGUCGCCUUCAUCAUCAUAUAUUCCGUGUACCUCGUCGCUCGGCUAUACGGCUGGCUCGGCGACGACUGGCACAUGGCCGAACAGUCGCUCGACGUCUUGGCUUUGGGUGCGCCUGUCGUCGUGCCCCGCUUGGCCUUCACCAUACUGUCUGACAACCUCAUCUUUCUGUCGCUGCGGUCCAUGAUGUCCGACUUCUUCGCCUUGACGGCCCUGACGGCCUGGUGCUUCUUCGGCUUCCUGCUCUCUCUGCUCUGGCUCGGAGAGGGGGCGCAUCCGACAAUCUCCAAGUGGAUGAUUUACAUCUGGUUUGGCUUGGACGGCGUCGGCAUCCAUCGUUCGGCGGAAUUCCACCCGGUUCUCGGACCGGGCAUCAUGGUCACCUUCGCCUUCCUCGGCAACACGCUCUUCCUGACCAUCCUGGUGUCGAUGCUGUCCAACACUUUCAGCACCAUCUCGUCCAACGCAGUGGCCGAGAUGCAGUUCCGCCACGCCGUCCUGACCCUCGAGGGCGUCAAGGCCGACGCCGUCUUCGCCUACCCGCCGCCCUUCAAUAUCCUGGCCGUCUUCGUCUUCCUGCCACUCAAGUUUGUCGUCAGCCCGCGCUGGUUCCACAAGAUCCACGUCGCCACCGUCAAGGUGGUCAAUUUCCCCGUCCUGCUGCUCAUCGCCGUCGCCGAACGCCGCCUCCUGUGGCCCCAGGGGAUGAAGGUGGCCGUAUCGCCCAAGGCCUUCUUCCAGCGGUGGAACUUGUCGGCGCAGAACAGCCUGCGCGCCGUCUUUGAGCUGCCCCCUCCCGAUGAUGUGGCUGACGAUAUCGCGGUGGAUGACGAGAUGACGCGCCACCUGAUCCGAAGGCAGUUUAUGCACAGGAGCACCGAUCCCGGCACGGAGUCUGCCGCUACAAGGAAUGCUGACGCCAAGGCCAAAGCCAAGGCCGAGGCCAACGCCAGUACCAACGUCAGUGCCAGUGCCAGUGCCAGCGCCAGUGCCAGCGGUACCGCCUCCCCCCAUCCGGAUCCCAAGAAGAAACUCUCUAGGCGCGACUCUACCUUCCCGGGGAUCAGGCAGAGACUGCGUGGCUCCUUCUCCGAGACGGAGGACUACGAGAAUCUGUCCGAUAGGCUGAACGCCAUGAAGAAGUCCAUGGCCAGGAUGGAGGCCCUCAUGGCAAAACUCGUGUCGUCGCGGGAAGGAGACGGCAUCAGCGUCGAGGCUGCCGGGGAAGAUGAGAGGAAGGAAGAAGAUACGGCGGUGGGGAGCAUGGAAGAGUCUGGAUUCGCGGUGGAAUCGUCAUUCAGAGGGCAGGAGUAA